AUGCCUACCGCUGUAGCUGAACAGUGGAGACGGUGGUUACUAGAGCUGCUGAUGAUAGAAAGGAUUGGCGUAUCACGAUGUGUGAAACCUGUUUGUGGUGAUGCCAUUGUCGAGGCACAACUACACCACUUUGCUGAUGCAUCUGCAUAUACACUGCUCAUUCCUGAUGGCCUGAAGACAAAGCUUGCACCAAUAAAGACGGCAACUAUACCCCGAUUGGAGCUUGCCGCUGCAGUAGUGGCUGUGAAGCUGGACAAGAUGAUCAAGCUCCACAUGCAGAUACCGUUUGCAGAGUCUGUCUUCUGGUCCGACAGCAUGAUCGUUCUUCAAUACCUUAGAAAUGAAGACAAGCAAUUCCAGACCUUUGCCAUGAUCCACAAUAGCUCCUCCCCAACCCAGUGGAGACAUGUAGAUUCAGCUUCAAACCCAGCUGACAACAUCUCUAGGGGCAUGACAGCCCAGUAA